AUACGUGCGUCUUAAGGUCAGAUUUAGUCAUCUCAUUCCAUUUAGCCGUCAUGUAUUUUCCAGCACUGGUUCUGAUCGUGCUGGCUGCUGGAAAUGUAUUGCCGCCUGCAAGUGCCUUUUUUCUCGAUUCAUUUUACACGCACGGACCUUCUCACCACUAUACAACAGCACGGGAAUACAGUCACUGCACACGAUAUUCGGAAUACAACUCACUGGCAAACUUGAUGAGAUAUGAUGAAUGCAUGAACAUAGAUUCAGUUUUCGAGCUGCUUGUCAACAUAACAAGAAAAGAACACACGGGACUGUGUAGGCUCCAUGUUAUUAAACUCCUUGCAGGUCAUUUUGGUGCCCACGCCAAGACACCAGCAUCUUGCACAUGUCAUGGAAGAAACCAAUUGCACGUGUAUAAAACGGGCGCUGAUGAUGGGGUACCUGAUCUGAAGGAACAUUGUCUCUCUCACGACUCGCAUUACAAAAAUCUGUAUAACCAGUUUUUCAAAAAUGGCGAUUCUCAUGGCCAUCACCAUGGUGAUACACAUGUUCCAGCCUGUAGGACACACCAUACAGUGUGGUCUGAACUGAAUAGCUUGAGCAACACCACUUACCACAGUUCGUCUUGCCAAAAGGAUAUAAUAUUCCAUCUUCAGUAUUAUUUUUCAAAGCAUGCAGACAGCUGUACGUGCACAGGACACGUUAUUUCACAGCAUACAAACGGUCAGCAUGGAAGCGGGCUCUCAAGUUGUCUCUCUUACAGCAGUUAUAAUGCACUGCUGCAGCUCGGAAAUACAAAUGGUUGCUUGAGCGCGAAUUCAGUCUGGCACUAUCUGGAUGAUCUUCAGGUCAAGGAUCCGUCAUGUCGACAGCAAAUUCAAAACCACUUGGCUGACAAGUACACUGCAGGUUCACACUAUGCUGAUGCCUGUACUUGCACUGCACAUAAACCACUAGUUAACCAUGAAAUACACAGAAUGGCAAAUGGUAGCUACACUGAAUGCAAACAACACGUCUCAGGAACAUACAAAACCAUUGAAUCUGAGUUGUUUUCUAACAUUCGCCAUCACGGAUGCCGAAAUCAUGAUAUCCUAUGGACACAACUUCAAGGUAUACGGGACCACUGUUCACAUUACUACCAUACCGAAUGUAGAGCCUUGGUCGACUGUACACAGGACCUGAUUGUCAGGGCUGCAGUCCAGUACCCAAAUGAUGAAUCAGACAGCUGUGUUUGCUCACAGGCGUCGACUACUACACAGACAACUACGACGGCCAGAAAAACAACUACUACAUCAACAACGGCAGCCCCAACUACACGAACAGCAGCGCCAACAACUACCAAACUCCCUGUAUCUACACAACCAGCAGGCCCACCAAAAAAAUUUUCAUGCAACGAGCUGCUGGUUGUGGAAAGAAUUGCCCAGGCCGAACAAGCGAAACACCAAAAUGCAAGCGCAUGCGAUCCGGACAUUGGCGGUUCUGAUGACGCCUAUGUUCUAUCCUCGUGCAACAUGACGUCACCGGUGACAUGGAGAAAAGGAGCCAAUGUUAUGGCAGACUGUGAAUCGAACACACAUUUAAUUCCCGGGUUUACACCUAUAUCAACAUUCAGCGGCGAAAGAUAUCAUUCAUUGGGUUCUCAGCCAGGAAUAUUCCUUGAAUGUUACAAUGCCGGAUUCAAGAUGGCGAUCCAAAAAUGUAAUGGAGUUCCAGAAAUCGUCCAUAUUGAAGAUGGAGUAUUUCUUAAAAGCCCACACAACUAUUAUGUGAUUGUUUGAGUUCAGUUGUAUUAUUUUGUUCAAAAUAUGUGAAAUAGAAGACGUUGCUUA